AUGCCCGGACGCCUUGAAGGAAAGAUUGCGUUAGUCUCUGGCUCCACUCAGGGGUUUGGACGCGGAAUUUUGGAGACAUUCAUUCGUGAAGGCGCCUUUGUGUUAGGAAUGGACCUUCAGGCCGCAGAUGGUGCUGUUGCAGGGUAUUCCGAGCAACAGGCAUAUCAAAUCCAAGCCAAUGUUGCCGAGGAAGAGAGUUGGAAAAAAGCGCUUCACACCUCGAUCGCCAAGUUCGGAACGGCACCCUCGAUAGUGGUCCACAAUGCUGGAUGGUCAUACCCGAACAAGUCUGGUCUCGACGUAACUGUCGAAGAAUUCGACCGACUUUUCAAUGUCAACGUUCGAAGUAUCUAUCUCGCGUCAAGGAUUCUCGUCCCCGAGAUGAAGAAAAAUGGUCCCGGGUCCACCGUCGUGAUUUCUAGUGAGAACGCGAUUCGCCCCGGCGCCACCCAGACAUGGUACAAUGCGACGAAGGCGGGAGUAUCAUCGGCGACCAAAUCCAUGGCCUUGGAGCAUGCUAGAGACCAGCUUCGUUUUAACACCAUUUGCCCAACAUCAGGCAACACCCCACUGCUCAAUAAGUUUGCUGGAAUCGGAGAUGGACCUGUUCCGGCUGAGAUUAUCAAGGCGAAAUGCGAGGCAAUUCCUAUUGGUCGACUCGUUGAGCCAUCUGAUGUUGCCAAUGUUGCUUUGUUUCUUGCUGAACCCGCCAGCUCUAUUAUAAGCGGAAUUGAGAUUCUGGUUGAUGGAGCUCGCUGUGUAUAA